CGAAAUUCCCAAAAGAUAAACUAACCUAAAUUGUACUCCACACAAUGGUCAAUCUAUUUGAAACAUGUAUAAUGAUGUUUUGUAUAAGCUUUUUGGUAUUGUUUCCUUGCCAUCAAUGUAAUGGUUACAUAUUAAGUAAUGUUGGUGCUGGAAAACCACCAAAGUGUAAUAUAGAAUGUAAGAAGGUUAAAAAUGAGGAUUACUGUUGUUGUGGUUUCGAAGAUACCCCGUGCAGCGGAAGCCUCGAUGUUUGUAUUAAAAAUUGUGCUGCGGCUAAAUAUUGUUGUGUUUACACUAAUUAUGGCGGAUACGGGUCUAAGGUGGAUAUAGCCGCCUCAAUGGUCGGGGAAUUCGAUGUCGCUGCAACCAUCUUCGGCGAAGCUUACGUUGUCGGGGCUUGGGCAGGAGAAGGAGGCGGCGGCGUUUGA